CGGCUUCUUUUCCAUAACAAUGACAAACAAUUUCUGAUCGCUUGAUUUGGCAAAAACAAUCUUGUGCUUUUUUUACAUGUGAUUCACAGAAAUUCGUCAGAUUAUAUUAUAAAAUUUAUGUCUUUACCUUGAGAAAAAAGAAUAAAUCUAGUAAAUAUUCAGUUUCAUAUGCUCCCGUUUUUUUACUUCAAUAAAAUAAUAAUCAUGGUAUUCCGUUGUGACUGUUCCGUCUUGAAGAAAGCUUAAAAAUUGUCACUUAGCAUUGGAUAAUGGAUAAAAAAUGUUAAAAGUGAUGUAUUUUAAGGUUAGGAAAUCUGUCAAAUGAACAAAAACUAGCGUUGAGCAUGCGCCGUGAUGUAAACAACGCGAUAUCCAUUUCUUAUUUAUAUAUAAGAUGUCAUUGAUUGAAGGUGUAGGCGAUGAAGUAACAGAAUUUUUUAUUAUCCUGAGUAUAUUGUUGAUAGGAUGGCUUGCUUGGUGUUCAACAAAUAUAUCAGAUCAACCAUUGAUACGUACAGUACUUAUUUUGCGUGACAGAUCACCAGCUCAGUUAUUGAAUGAUUCGCCAGCACAUGUCAUGUCACUAAUGGAUAUUCAUGAGGACACAAACAAUACUGACCUGUCACCUAGUUUAGAAAGAACAGAAGUGGAAAAUACAUCUGAGAUGGAAACAAUAUCAGAUAGUAAUGACACUAUAUCACCAUAUUGCAUUUAUCCAACAAAUUCAAAUCCAAAUACAUCUAUCACAGAUACAAGUUCUCAAGGAGAUACUAUGCCAGCAGAAUCCACGCCGACAGAAGAGAUACUUAUUGAAGCCAUGGACUCGUUCAGUAACGAUACUCCAGCUUUAUUGCCAGAGUCUGUUAAAUCAGACAUCAGUGCUACAAAUACAGCAAUGCAAACUACUUGCAGUAGCUCAUCAGAACCCAUAGUGGACAAUGCAGCUCUAUCUGAUAAUAGUAAUGAGAUCACUAUAAAAUUGAAGUUUAUAAAUGACGAUCAAAAACUUGUUACUGGAAGUCUCAAGGAAAUGUUAGGUGAUUUUAAAAGGAGGCAUUUUCAAAUCGAAUUGGAGGCACACAAAUCGGUGCGAUUAAUAUUCAAUGGCCGUGUGUUGAAAUCCGACACUCAAACACUUGAACAAUGUGGUUUCUUUAACAACUGCGUAGUCCACUGUUGGGUACAUCAACCACGACCAGCUGCCAUAUCGUCAUCCCAAACGACGUCUACGUUGGACAGCUCAUCGACUAUCUAUUUUAAUUCUCAACCGUUCCCGGAUCUGCCGACCGUCGCAGAAAUCAACUCUGUACAAAACGAGUGGGACUUGAGCCGACUCUUAGUGGCUCUUCUAACGAUUAUUCUAGGUAUCGGCUGGUACUCGCGAUAUCAUUACGCUCAACUCUUUACUGUGACAACCACAAUCGCGCUUUACGCACUUACCGUGAUUUUUGCUUUUUCUCUGUUGAGUAAUUUCUUUCCUGAUCAAGAUAAUAUCGGAAAUGUCGAGUAAAAUCACACAUAACGCUGUGUAUAUAUUAAUGAAGAUAUAAUGCAAUUGGUCUAACAUGUGAUUUAAGAGGAUACUGGAUAUCGACUAUAGAGAUCUGUAAACCGACUUUCUCCUAUGACGUUUAGUGUCGUAUUUAUUGCAAUAAAUCUAAAAUGCAUUCUACAAAAAUAAAUAAAUUGUGCUAAGAAUUGGCGGUUGUUCUUUGGAAUGUCAAA